GCCGAGCGGGGGAGGGGGCGUCGUCCUAGCGCGUGCGAUUGUGGGUGUGUGAGCUCUGGUGUGUUUGUGAGUCCCGACUGCCAUGUGUUGGCGGGGCCCGUUGAGGGGUUGUCCCACCCCCCUGGAGGAAGUUGGCUCGGGGCCCUUUUGGGGGACCCAGCUCCCUAGGAUCCUACCCGGGGAGAGGGCCGCCCCGGCCCCGGGCCGGGGUGAACGCACGGGGGGGCGGGUUUGUUUGGUUUCAAAAGUGCACGUUGCUAACCGCCGGCAGUACCCCCCCAACCCCCCGCCGCGGCUGAGCCGGGGAGGGGCCCCCAGAGAGUGACAGCUGCGGGUGGGGGCAGCGGGAAGGUCCCGGAGCUGGUGGGGGGGGCGGGAGCCCGCGCGAGUUCCCCUUUCCUUUGGAACAAAGGAAAGUCUGUUUCUGAGGCAUCUGUCACUCCCAGGCGGGCCAAGGAAACGGGGCGCGUGGGGCCGGCUACCCGAAGAAAGUUUAUGCGUGCCGGGACCCUCGGACAGGCGGAGCGUGUGCCGAGCCUCCCGCGGGGGAAACGCGCAGUCUCCGGGGCAGGGGGCGGCCAACAUGGAGUCUGGGCGCAGGGUUGGGGGGGCGGUGCGGAGGUGGGAGCCCAGCCCCCUCCCCUCCCCCUCCGGGCCGAGUUCGGAGCACAAAGCCGAGCGCGCAGGCUCGGCCGGCCCCGCGCCCCGAAGAGUCGGCCAGCGCCGUGUGGCGGGGGAAGGGGGUGGGAACCAAACUUUUUCCUGCCCCGGGACAGACACGCUUGCCCGAGGUCCAGCCUAGCCCCUAGACAUCAUGUCAGACAGUGAUUUGGGUGAGGAUGAAGGCCUCCUCUCCCUGGCAGGCAAGAGGAAGCGCAGAGGGAACCUACCGAAGGAGUCAGUGAAGAUCCUCCGGGACUGGCUGUACUUGCACCGCUAUAACGCGUAUCCCUCAGAGCAGGAGAAGCUGAGCCUUUCUGGACAGACCAACCUGUCAGUGCUGCAGAUAUGUAACUGGUUCAUCAAUGCCCGGCGGCGGCUUCUCCCAGACAUGCUCCGGAAGGACGGCAAAGACCCCAACCAGUACACCAUCUCCCGCCGUGGGGGUAAGGCCUCAGAUGUGGCCCUCCCCCGGGGCGGCAGCCCCUCAGUGCUGGCUGUGUCUGUACCGGCCCCCACCAAUGUGCUCUCCUUGUCUGUGUGCUCCGUGCCACUCCACUCGGGGCAGGGAGAAAAGCCAGCAGCCACCUUUCCACAAGGGGAGCCAGAGCCCUCCAAGUCCCUCGUGACCCCUGGUAGCACACUCACUCUGCUGACCAGGGCCGAAGCUGGAAGCCCCACAGGUGGACUUUUCAACACACCACCACCCACACCCCCAGAGCAGGACAAGGAGGACUUCAGCAGCUUCCAGCUGCUGGUGGAGGUGGCACUACAGAGGGCUGCUGAGAUGGAGCUCCAGAAGCAGCAGGACCCGCCGCCCCCAUUACUACGCACUCCCAUGUCCUUAGUCUCUGAAAACCCCAAGUAGGCAUCUGCCACAGGGGUGCUUGAGCCAGCUGUCCUAGGCUUCCGUUUUGGUUCCAUUUCCUACAGAGGGUUUCCUUUGGAUCACUGCCAAAUGUCGGGAUCAUCUCCUCUGUCCAGAGGUCUUCGGCAGGAAGACGCCAGCUGGUGUCACUGCACUGUGAUGGGACCUCUCCUCUGCUGACUCCGCUGUUUCUCCAGCCUCCUCAGUGAUGAGCCCAAGAGAUUGGAGACAGGCAUGGUGCUGCUGCUGUUUCUUCAGAGAACCCCCCCAGGACAUCUUUGUUCCAGCCUGCUUUCCUGGGCUGGGCACAGGGAACCUACCACGUUCAGACCUAUGCUGGGUCCAAGUUGCCUCUGACAAGGCCUCUUUGUUAAGCCAAGUGUGGACAUUCCAAGUUCGUAAGUGUGAACGAAAGAAAAAAGGAACCCAGCAGAUGUAACAGAACUGACUCCAGUUGAAUGUUUAGGUUUUCGCUAAACUUUGUGUUUAUUUUUCCCCUCUUUGCUGUGGUUUGCAUUAACGGGAGUAGUUAGCCCAGGUGUGGGGAGUGAGAGUACGUUGUGUGAUGGAGUCUGAUGAACUGGGAAUAAUCCGACACUGCAAUUGGUGAUUGUCUUACAAGAAAGUAUUUUCAUUUGGGGGACCAGCCAUAUCUCUGCAAAAUUCCAUGGUUGUUUUAUUGUUGGUUUGGUUUACCAAAAAAUACUGUAUGGGCUUUGGCUUAUCUCUAUCAUGCAGAAAAGGGGAUAAAGCCACAGCCAGUGAGAGGGUCCAACAAAGAAUCUGACCAAACCUUCUAAGUGCAGAGCAGAGAAGGAUGUUAAAAACAGAGGUGGUUUUGGUGGGGGGAGGGUUGUUUUUGUUUUUGUUUUUGUUU